UCAGUCGACCCGAGGCGACGAGACGCGGCGCUCAUCUAUCCCCGGAGAGACGCGCGGAUCCCGCGGUCACGGCGUGCCUUCUCCCCCCGCGCGCUGCGCAUCGGUGCCCGGCUCGUGCAGGUCAGGAUGAGCGCGUGUGGGCGGUUUGGACACCGCGGACACUGUGGACAGCAGCGCGCAGCGGAGGACGGGAUUUAGUGCAGAAGUUGGUUUUCUCAGCAGCGGUGCCCGAGUGGAGGACGCGAGACGCCAGGAGGAUUCUGACUCCUUUUCGUUUCAGUUUUUUUUUUUUUUUUUUUUUUUGUUUGCUUUUUUUGUGUUUUUUUAAUUUUGUGCCACGCUGCUGCUCAAACUGCCCACGAAGCGCCGGAACGAGGGGAUUUUAAAGAGGUCUUGGUGGGUUUCUGUGAAGUUUAGUGGAGAAUCACGACUGGUUUUCUUCCAAUGAACGCUUGGUGACAGAAAUCUUCUGGAAACAGAUUCUCUGCCUCAACGGAACAUUUCAGGUGGGCGGGGCUUCCCGGAGGCGGCCGUUCUGCCGGGCGGCAUGCCGGCGCAGGAUGCGGUCUGAGUGGCGGUCGGGCGUCGCUGGAGGAAUGGCGGCUGUGUGGCUCUCGCUGGGCGUCUGGCUGCUGCUGCCGCUCGGCGCCGCGGCGGCCAGGAUCCCCGCCGCUCCGCCUCCAGACUCCAUGUCCAGCGAGACGUCCUACCUGGAGGACUACGUGGUGAGCGCGGGGGACACCCUGGAGAUGUCAUGUGACCUGGAGGACCCCUCGCAGCCGGUGGUCUGGUACAAAGACGGCGCCGCGCUGGCGGUCAGUAACCGCACCCGGCUGGGCCAGCGGCUGCUGCGCAUCAUCAACGUGUCGUACGAGGACUCCGGCGUCUACGCCUGCCGCCUCGCCCGCGGCGACACGCUGCUCAGCAACUACACCAUCAGAGUGACAGAUUCUCUGUCGUCUGGUGAUGAUGAGGAUUAUGAUGAAGACCCAGAAGAAACAGGUAAUGAAAAUGAAGCGCCGUACUGGACGCGUCCCGACCGGAUGGACAAGAAGCUGCUGGCCGUUCCCGCCGCCAACACCGUCAAGUUCCGCUGCGCCGCCGCCGGGAGCCCCACGCCCAGCAUCCACUGGCUGAAGAACGGCAAGGAGUUCAAGGGAGAGCAGAGGAUGGGCGGCAUCAAGCUCCGACACCAGCAGUACAGCCUGGUGAUGGAGAGCGCCGUGCCCUCCGACCGGGGGAACUACACCUGCGUGGUGCAGAACAAGCACGGCACCAUCAGCCACACCUACCAGCUGGACGUUUUAGAGCGGUCGCCUCACCGGCCCAUCCUGCAGGCCGGGCUGCCGGCCAAUCAGACGGUGGUGGUGGGCAGCGACGUGGAGUUUCACUGCAAGGUCUACAGCGACGCCCAGCCGCACAUCCAGUGGCUCAAACACAUCGAGGUCAACGGCAGCCGCUACGGCCCCGACGGCGUGCCCUACGUCAACAUCCUGAAGACUGCUGGUAUUAACACCACAGAUAAGGAGCUGGAGGUCCUCUUGUUGACCAAUGUGUCUUUUGAGGAUGCGGGCGAGUACACUUGCCUGGCGGGGAACUCUAUCGGCUAUGCUUACCACUCUGCUUGGCUGACGGUGCUUCCAGUGAGCCCGGAGAAGGAGGACUACUACGCCGACAUCCUGAUCUACGUGACGGGCUGCGUGCUCUUCAUCCUGGCCGUGGUCAUCGUCGUCCUCUGCCGCAUGAGGAUGACCACGCAGAAGACCCUGCCCACGCCGCCCGUCCAGAAACUGUACAAGUUCCCCCUCAAGAGACAGGUGUCCUUGGAUUCCAACUCCUCCAUGAACUCCAACACGCCGCUGGUCCGGAUCGCCCGCCUCUCGUCCAGCGACGGGCCCAUGCUGGCCAACGUCUCGGAGCUGGAGCUGCCCUCCGACCCCAAGUGGGAGUUCCCCAGGACGAGGCUGACUCUGGGCAAACCGCUGGGCGAAGGCUGCUUCGGGCAGGUGGUGAUGGCCGAGGCCGUCGGCAUCGACAAGGAGAAGCCCAACAAGCCGCUCACCGUGGCUGUGAAGAUGCUGAAAGAUGACGCCACCGAUAAGGAUCUGUCGGACCUGGUCGGAGGGAGGAUGAAGAUGAUCGGGAAGCACAAAAACAUCAUCAACCUGCUGGGAGCGUGCACGCAGGACGGUCCCCUCUACGUGCUGGUGGAGUACGCCUCCAAAGGCAACCUGAGGGAGUACCUCCGCCGCCGCCCGCCGGGGAUGGACUACUCCUUCGACACCUGCAAGAUCCCCGACGAGCAGCUGACCUUCAAGGACCUGGUGUCCUGCGCCUACCAGGUGGCCCGGGGCAUGGAGUACCUGGCCUCGCAGAAGUGCAUCCACAGAGACCUGGCGGCCCGGAACGUCCUGGUGACGGAGGACAACGUGAUGAAGAUCGCAGACUUCGGUCUGGCCAGAGACGUGCACAACAUCGACUACUACAAAAAGACCACCAACGGCCGCCUGCCGGUGAAGUGGAUGGCGCCGGAGGCUCUGUUCGACCGGGUCUACACGCACCAGAGCGACGUGUGGUCUUACGGGGUGCUGCUGUGGGAGAUCUUCACGCUGGGCGGCUCGCCGUACCCCGGGAUCCCGGUGGAGGAGCUCUUCAAGCUGCUGAAGGAGGGCCACCGCAUGGACAAGCCGGCCAACUGCACCCUGGAGCUGUACAUGAUCAUGCGGGAGUGCUGGCACGCCGUGCCGUCGCAGCGGCCGACCUUCAGACAGCUGGUGGAAGACCACGACCGGGUUUUAUCCAUGACCUCCACAGACGAGUACCUGGACCUGUCGGUGCCCUUCGAGCAGUACUCCCCCACCUGCCAGGACUCCGGCAGCACCUGCUCCUCCGUGGACGACUCCGUCUUCGCCCACGACCCGCUGCCCGACGAGCCCUGCCUCCCCAAAGCGCCGCCGGCAACGGCGUGAUCAGGACAUAGAGCCCGGCCCGGGGGGGGCGGGGGCCCGGGGGGGCGGGACAUCCGGACCGCUCUGCAAUACUUCCACGGCUCCUCGACUCGCCUCUCCAGCAGACUCCGGGAACGUUGAAGGAUUAUCUGUUUUUGAACCAUGUUUUUUCUUGUUGUUCUGCUUUUCAGAAGUGAAAUCUAUUUUUGUACUCGGGCCAGUCUUUUGUUACGGACAAUCUGAGGGUGAAGCCAUUCCGUGCCUACUGGGAUUAAACCCCUCCGGGCGGAUUAUCGGGGAGGCGGCGGCCUCCGAUGGGCGUGUCGUCUGUCUCCUGUCACCUGCGUAGAGAACGCCACGGCGGCAGAGACGAACCGGCUCCGGGGUCCGGUUCUUCGGCAGAGCGGACGACACAAGCGUUCACUCAUUCACUCAUUUCACCCCCGAACAGCCGUUUGGCGAUAAUCAUGGAGCCGACGUUUCAGGGCCAUUAAGAACACUUCGGCUUGGAGGGUUAUGUUUUUUUUUUUUUUGUUGUUUUUUUUUGUAUCUAGAAAAGUGAUUUAUUGUAAAUACAUAAAUAUGUAUGAUAUUGCUCCGUGUUGUACGAAAAACACAAAGGUUACGUUUUUUAAGAUAUUGUUUUAGGAUGGAAGCAGUCUAGAAGACACUGUCGCCGACGUGUAAAACAUUAAUCAGAAAAGGUUUAUUUGAAUAAUUAACGUGUAUAUUUGUAAAGAUAUUUAUAGACUUAACACGUGGUUCUUAAGUUGGAAAGCUCUAGUUUAGGAUUUUAGUACUGUACGCAAAGAUUUCUAUUCUUUUUUUUUUUGUAACUUAUUUACAUCAGAACAUUAUUUUCAGACUCCUGGUUUUUGAUCCAUGUUUUUUUUUUUUUUUACUCUGUUUGUUUACACUUAUUAGAAAUAAGAAUGUACGACAGACAGGAAGAUGAAACUUUUAUUUUCUUUUUUUCGGAGACGUUCGACGUUCGGCGUGAACGGUUUGCAAUAUCAAAGCAACGAUUAACUCUUGCUGGGCAAGAAAUAGCAGCGCUUGAGACCUUUUCAGUGCGACUGAAGUACUUAAAGCACCAGCGACGACGAGCCGCGAACCAUAGGAAGCCUUCAGAAGGAAGCCGGCGUUGAGGAGGCUCCACCGGUCGAACCGUCGUUCUGUCCGGUGACCUCUGCAGAGGUCGCGCCGAGAUUCAGGAUUAAACACAGAUUUUUCAGUUAAAUUUACCUUAGAAAAUUAGCAGUGAAAAAAAAUUCUGAAAAGUCAAACAACGCCAACAUUCGAAUUAGGAUUUUAGGAAGAAGAGAAUUGGUGAAUUACAGUUCCCAGCAUGCUUUGGCUUGAAAUGCAAGAUCAAACUGAUUGAGCGUUUCUCUGCUGCAGUGCAUGCUGGGAAUUAGAGUCCAGCUGCCAAAUUCAUUAUUGAACAAAACCUUUGAGUCAUCCAAAAUAGGGUUUUCGAAUUCCCAGCAUGCACCUGCAGGUCUGAAGCCACGGCUCAACGCGGCGGCGGCCCGGACAGCGAGCGUUUGUCUUCCCGCGCUUCUGAAGGCUUCGUCCUCUUAACUCCUAAAGGUCACAGGGUCGACGCGACGACCAGACGCGAGCACAGAGCGCUUGUGUUCACCGUCACGUGGACGGAAACGGCGGCAGAAACGCCGUCCUGCCCGGACGCUCCAGAUGUUAUCGCUGCUCUAUUAGUAUUAAUACUGAAAUGAAGGCGGGCUGAGCGGCUUCACGCCGCGCUGCCAAAAAGACAAAGCUAUAUAUACCGUCGAGACGUGUGAGUGUGUCUGAGGAGGCUCUGAAGUCUGCGCCGAGCCUUCUCGGAGUGUUUCUUUGUGUUGAGAAAAGUGCCAAAUUAGUCUUAAAAGUCUAUUUCACCGAGUUCUCGUCACGUCUCUGAACCAAAUGCUGCACUGAGGAAUGUUGCCUGUGCAGGGGAGGAUCAUUGGAUUGAUCCACAUGUUUAUAUAUGCAGUCCUGUCUCCAGCUGACCCCCAAAAGGAAGCAUCAAGCAUUUAACCGUCUGGUUAUCGACUGAAAUCCCCUCGGUACUCAAAGUACUCAACAUGUGGAAAUCCGGUGAUUCGCUGUUCCCACACUGGUGAAUUUGAUCAGUCGUAUCAGAUUAAGUCUGUUUUCACAGAAAAAAAACCAACUAAUGCUCCUCCUCAGAACUGUGAGGCCCCGUUUACGCCGCGACGCUUCCAGUGAAAACGCAUCGUUUUCCCGUUUUCCUUCUGGAAACGCCGCAGUUUUCUCUGGAAGUCGCUCCAAACGGCCACAAAGUUUCUGCUUUCGGUACGAAUUUUUCCCAAAACUGUAAAAGUGCCUGAAAAAAAAAAAAAAAAAAUCAAAUAUAAAGGCGAUCGGAUCAUUUGAAUGUAAAAGAAAAAGCAA